GUCUAAUGUUGCAUAUCCGCCACUUACACACAUCCAUGAUCAAAGUCAAUGAUUCUCUUAUUAUCCCUCCUUCCAUGUAAAUGUAAUGCAAGCAGAUUGAGCCAAAAUAAGCUUCAAACCUCUCUUCUCAUUCUCUCUAUCUCUCUUCCAUCCUCUAAAAACUUAAUCGGUUUUUUCACCAGGUACCCUAUAAGUUUCUUAAUAUUCAACUAGUACCUCGCGUUUUCCAAAUAUCCAUUUUCCUUUGUUUAAAUUUAUUUUUGCUCAUAUCAAAAAUAUUGGAAUCAUGAUGAGGGGGAGGAAAGGUAUAGGUAGAGUAGCUAUAUUUCUAAUAGUUGCACUAGUAAUUGGGUCUUGUUUUGCCAUCCAUAAUUUAUCCACUCUCUUGUUGAUUACAAAACCAUCCGAAAUUUCGGUUCAUCACGGGUCGGGCCGACAAGUUGAGCCGUUGGUCAAGAUCACCGAGGACCCGAACCCAAAACGGGCUGGAAGCCCGAGGCCGAACCCGAAAUUCCAUGUAGCGGUAACGGCCACGGAUUCAACUUAUAGCAAAUGGCAAUGCAGGAUAAUGUACUAUUGGUACAACAGAGUUAAAGAUUUGCCCGGGUCGGACAUGGGCGGGUUCACACGGGUUUUGCAUUCGGGCCAGCCCGAUAAUUUGAUGGGGGAGAUCCCAACUUUUGUGGUGGAUCCUCUUCCUCCUGGUGUUGACCAGGGAUACAUUGUGUUGAAUAGACCAUGGGCUUUUGUUCAAUGGUUGGAAAAAGCAACAAUUAAAGAAGAAUAUGUCCUCAUGGCUGAACCAGAUCAUCUAUUUGUCAACCCCUUACCAAACUUAGCACAAGGAAAAAAUCCGGCAGCAUAUCCAUUUUUCUACAUUCAACCCACUGAAAACGAGAAGAUUAUACGGAAGUUUUACCCGAAAGGUUCGAUAUCGAAUGUGGAUCCUAUUGGAAGUUCUCCUGUUAUAAUGGCUAAGGCUUUGUUGAAAGAAAUUGCACCUACAUGGAUGAAUGUUUCAUUACAGAUAAAAAGUGAUCCGGAGGCAGAUAAUACUUUUGAUUGGGUGCAAGAAAUGUAUGCAUAUGCCAUAGCUUCAGCACUUCAUGGUGUCAAGCAUAAUCUUCAUGAACAUUUCAUGGUGCAGCCUCCAAGGGACUGGGAAAUAGGGAAUAGCUACAUCAUCCAUUAUACUUAUGGUUGUGACUACAACAAGAAGGGAGAGCUUACAUAUGGAAAGAUCACUGAUUGGCAUUUUGACAAGAGAUCAUUUCAACAUGGUCCUGUUCCAAAAGAUCUUCCACUGCCUCCUCCUGGAGUUCCUGAGUCUGUGGUAAGGCUCAUAGAGAUGGUGAAUGAAGCCACAGCCAAUAUUCCUGGCUGGGAAAAUCUCUAGUUACACAUAUUUUGUGAACAUAACAUAUAUGGAAUAUGGUAUAUGGUAUACAAGCAGUCAAGCACAGCAGAAUUUGGCGAAUUUUUAUUUCUUUGAGGUGCAAAAUUGCAUAUAAAGGAGCAAUUACAAAUGAUGUCUUGUAUGAAUAGAGAAGAAAAUACAUUACAGGAGAAUCUCAAGGCUAAAGUUAGCAUUUUCCUUAUUUAUAUACUCGGAAAGAAAUGCAUGUUCGCAAUUUUUAUGAUCACAAUGUACACCCCCAAAAAAAAAUCCAAAUGUUAGUGUGCAUUUUCGAAUAAGACGAUUAAGGCUAUGUUUA